AUCUUCAGCAACAUUAUAAUGGAAAACGUAACAGACAUACAAAAAUUUGAGAAUGAUUCUGUAUUCAGCAAUGCAACAGGGAUGAUAAGUCCACCUGGUCCGUCAACUCUUAAAACAGUUUUUGACAUUGUCAUUAAAAUCACAUUAAUCCUCAUAAUGUUUGGGAUGGGAAGUGUCACCGAAAUAGAACCACUUUUGAAACACAUCAAGCGACCAGUCGGAAUACUUAUUGGGAUGUUGUCACAGUUUGCGGUCUUGCCAUUGGUUACUUUUGGAUUGGCACAUGCGCUGAUGCUGCCAAAUGUUCCCGCACUAGGAAUGCUCGUAAUGGGUUGUUGUCCUAGCGGCUCUACAUCAAACGUGUUCACGUACUGGGUAGAUGGUGAUGUCCCCCUUAGUAUCUCAAUGACCACUGUAUCCACUACUCUUGCAUUUGGCCUGAUGCCACUCAAUCUGUUGAUCUACAGUGGAAGCUGGACAGAUGACGACCUCGUUAUACCGUAUAUAAACAUACUCAUCUCAUUUGCUAUGACCAUCACACCAGUCAUUCUAGGCAUUUUACUGCGCUGGAAAUUUCCAAAAAUUGCCCUUGUCGUUGUUAAGAUAGGCAGUAUAGCCGGUGCUUUUUCUGUAGUCCUUACUCUGACACUGCUGAGUUUACUCUACCCCUUCAUGUAUAGCGCCUCCUGGAAAAUAUACCUCGGGGCAAUUCUUUUGCCCUUUGCUGGUUUUCUGUUUGGUUAUAUAGUGGCAUCAAUAUUUCGGAUGGAGCACUUCCGGCGGAGAACGAUGGCACUGGAGACAGGAAUUCAAAACUUCCCCCUGUGUAUGACUUUGUUGUCGCUAUCGUUCUCUCGGGACAGGUUCGCUGAGAUUUCCCUGUUUCCGUUGCUAUAUGGGGUGACUUGUAUCCUGGCCAGUGUGGUGUUCGCCGGGAUAUUCCGAGUUGUGAAACUCUUUUCCUCGAGAUCCAGUGAACGAAAGGAAAAUGGUGUUAAGGAAAAUUUACAAGAAACGAUUGACACAAAGAAAAGGUUUUUGGAUGACAUAGAUUUUGAUGAAGCUUAAUUUUGAAAUUAUAGUAUUGUAGGUACGGAAGUGCAUUAGUGCCAUGUAUUUUUUUUUUAGUUUGGUACAUGUAAUUCCAGCUUUAAUCUUGGCUUUUCCUAAUUUAAUCUUGGA